UAUAGGGAAGAGUUUCCUAGAAAAAACUUUCAUUUUCCUUGCAAACCUCAAACAUGGUUCCUGGAAUUGCACGGGAUCGCCUUGCUAGAGAGCGCAAAUCAUGGAGGAUGGAUCAUCCUCAUGGUUUUGUGGCUAAGCCGGAAACUGGUCCAGAUGGAUCUGUGAAUUUGAUGGUGUGGCAUUGUUCUAUUCCUGGAAAACCCGGGACUGACUGGGAAGGUGGCUUCUAUCCAAUAACAAUGCACUUCAGUGAAUACUAUCCUUACAAACCACCCAAGUGCAAGUUUCCUCAAGGUUUCUUUCAUCCUAAUGUUCAUCCAUCAGGAACAAUAUGUCUGUCUAUCCUCAAUGAGGGCAUUGGGUGGAGUCCUGCCAUUCUAAUUAAACAAAUUUUGCUGGGUAUCCAAGAUUUGCUUGAUCAGCCAAACCAUAAUUAUCCAGCACAAAUAGAAGGUUAUCAUCCAAACAUGCUGGAGAAUGUUGAGUACAAGAGACGAGUGAGAUACCAGGCCAAGCAGUAUUCAGCUCUUGUCUGACAUUACUUUGUUAUGAAUUAUAUAAUUAUAUGACAUUGUUAGUCCUCAUUGACACGGCAGCUGUGUGGCUAAUUUGGUGCUUAUCUUCGUAAUGAUUGAACAAUUAAUAUAUCUGUGUGCAACAUGCAUGCUAUCUGUUAUUUUGACAAUGUGGUUGAUCUAUUUCGUUCUCCUUUGUACUUCGACAAAGGCUUUGUUUUUCUAUGCUAACAAUCCAGUAGUUGCUGACUGUGUGAAACCAAAGAAGCAAUCUACUAUUAAGCAUCCAGCUUUCUUGCUCAUUUUCUUGGGGUUCGUCUCCUUUCCUUACCACCCAAAGAAAUGAUGAAUUCUAGGCCUCAAGAGCCAAGACAAUUUCAUAGAGCCGAGCAUCAAAAAACCUCCCCAUUCUUCCAAAACAAAUGUAAACAACAGAGUUUGGUUCUUGAGAGUCAAGCCAACUUAGGCAGUUGUGUCGCUCUUGAACUGUAGUGUUUUUUGAAUUGCUCGACUCUUCUCUCUUUGAAAAGUGAAACAAAGGACCAAUCAAUUAUGUUUUUUACCGUUGAUUUCCUUGUAAAGCUCCACAUAAGUAGACUGGAAUUCAUAGAUACUGUCAUGAAUCACGGCAUAGCACCGAGGUUCUGUUUCUGUAAUUCUCUUCAUCAUCUCCUAGUAUGGCUCUUCAGGGUUGGUUUUAAUAUUUUCUGGCAAUUGAGAUCUUUUCAUUUUAAUCUAAUCUGGUAAACCCUGAAUCAAGAAACUUUCUGAAUCCGAACUUACCUUCUCAUCAGGCAUAUACACGUUCAAACAAUGUCCAACACAGUGGAACAUAAGAUUACGUGGAUAAAACGGAAGUCUAGGUAUCUUCAGUUGCUCGGCUACGCCCAUAGUCCAUGUAAGACUUACAUCUGAAACUAUGCAAU